CCUGUAAUUUUGAAGCGGGGGGAAGUUUACAGUUCGCUGACGGACUUUUGGAGAGUUCGCUGUUGUGCGCUCUCGCUGCGUCACUUGCUCCAAAGCUCCACUGGAAGCGCACGACUCCUGGUCGUCAUACAUGCAAAUACAGCCCAGGCUCCAGCUUCUCUCUCAACACAGACACGGGCUUCGUUUCCUCCGCAAGCUUCAGAUCGCGUCUGCGUGCGGCCACGUCUCAGGAGCGACAUGGACGUCAUCCCCAUGUGCAGUAUCUUCCAGGAGCUGCAGAUCGUGCACGACACCGGCUACUUCUCGGCGCUACCGUCCCUGGAGGAGUACUGGCAGCAGACGUGCCUGGAGCUGGAGCGCUACCUGCAGAGCGAGCCCUACGUCUCGGCCACGGACCUCAAGUUCGAGAGCCAGGAGGACCUGUGGAGCAAGUUGAUGCUCGCCUGCGGGGACAAGUCCAGCGAGCCGGACCCAAAGAUUCCCCACAUCAAGGAGGAGGAAGACAAUCAGGACCACCAGCACCUCGACGCCGGCGGCUUCAACUCGGACGCCAGCAGCGAGGCCUCGGACAGCUCCGAGGAGCUCUCCCCCACCCUCGACUUCUCCUCCGCGUCUUUGACCGACAUCCUGGGAGACGGCGCCGAGGAGCUGGGCUCCGCCAUCAUCAGCACGCCGCCGUCCUCGCCCGAGCUGGGCAAGGAGGCGUCCGCGGCGCACGCGUGGACGGGCUCACAGACCGCGGUCUCGCCCGGGAAAAUAAGGACUGGGGGCAUGGAUCGGAACCCGGAGCGGUCGGGUCUGACCAGCGGGGAGGCGUCGCCCGACGGCAGGAGGCGCGUGCACAGGUGUCACUUCAACGGCUGCAGGAAGGUGUACACCAAGAGCUCCCACCUCAAAGCACACCAGCGCACGCACACAGGGGAGAAGCCCUACAGGUGUUCAUGGGAGGGCUGCGAGUGGCGCUUCGCACGCAGCGACGAGCUCACCAGACACUUCAGGAAGCACACGGGAGCAAAGCCAUUCAAAUGCAGCCACUGCGACAGGUGCUUCUCCCGCUCCGACCACCUGGCUCUGCACAUGAAGAGGCACAUCUAAAGAUGGCGGCCGCGUCGUGAGCUCUGAGGGAUGAUUCUGCUUGGUUGUCCUGACCCGUGGGGGACGAGCGAGGCCGGUGUCCUGGGAGCGUUACCGGGAGCGGCGCCGGGUUCAGGCAGUGGGAAAAACACCAAGCAUCGCAGGCUAUUAUUUGCACCGUACUCAGUGCCUCCAACACCUCGCUGUGGAGAUCGCUCUCGAGAGGCUUUUUUACGAAGGAGCGGGAGGGCGGGGACGUGUUUGAGAAAAAAUUAGAAAACGGGAAAAAUCCGGUGUGUCUGAGAAGAGACUCUUGUGUAUGGUGUUCAGCGCUUCUUUUUCCUGGAGGACCUGCGGGCUCCGCUCCUCCACUGACAGUGUGUUUGCCUGUGCGCAUGGGACUGAGUGCCUGAGCUGGCUUUGUGGAGCCUGCGGACGCAGCCUGCACCGUGGAUCGGCGAGUGAAUGGCGU